AUGGCUAAAAAAUAUGGACCAAUAUUUACAGUCUAUUUUGGUAAUAAUCCUCAAAUUAUUAUAACCGAUGCCGACAUCGCUAGACAAGCGUUUAGUAAAAAUGAAUUUUCUGGUCGAUCUCACAAUUAUUUCGCAUCAUUGUUGGCCAAUGGUGUAGCUAUGGCUGAUUUCGGGCACAGUUGGAGAGCACUUAGACGUGUAGCGCACGUGGCAGCAAUGAAAUAUGCAAUGAAUGAACAGUUAGAGAACGUAGUCGUCGAUUGUGUGGACAAAACAGUUGAAAUAAUGUUGGAAAGGGAGGGUCCGGACAAACCUAUCAAACCAUACGAUUAUAUAUAUAUGACAUUUCUUAACAUUUUGGCUAACAGUGCGUUCAAUGAAAAUCGGGGAGAUUUUAUCAGUGACGAGGAGUUUAAAAAAUAUAAAUAUGUUUUUAAAGACAUUGAUAAUGAAUUUCAAAUCAAAUCAAAAUUCAGAGAAUAUUUAAAACCAUUGAAAUGGUUGGACCGUAAAGUCUAUGAAAAAAAGAGUAAAGCCUUCAAUGAAAUGCGUGAAUUUAUUUUGAAAAAAUUCAAAUUACAUUACAUUGAUUACAAUCCUAAUUUUGAACGAGAUUUUUGCGAUGCACUCAUUGAAGCUAAAAAUGUUGCCAUCAGUGAGGGCCGCAAAUCGGCUGACUAUCUAACCGAUGAUCGACUGUCAAUGUGUGUGUUUGAUAUGUUUUUUGCCGGAAUCGAGACAUCGGAGACAACAUUUCAAUGGUUGCUCCUAUUGUUGGCCUAUUAUCCAGAAAUGCAGAACCGAUUGAAACAGGAAAUUGAAUCGAAAAUCGGUAACCGAUUGCCCCGACAUCAGGACAGACAACAGUGUCAUUAUGUGAUGGCAUUUAUAGCCGAAACGUUAAGAUUCAGAAAUGUUUUACCACUUGGUAUAUCUCACAAGACUAUUGUUGACAUCAAAAUAGGAAACUAUACGAUACCUAAAGAUAUGGUGUUGUAUGCAAAUCAGGGAAUUAUAUUGAGAAACAAUUGGGACACAAAAUAUUGGACGACUACUGAUGUCGAUGACUUUAUACCCGACCGUUUCAUCGACAAUACUGACGGUACUUAUAGUACAACCCGUUUUUCGCAGGCAUUCAUACCUUUCGGUGUCGGACGUCGUCAAUGUUUGGGCGAAAGUUUAGCCAUUGCUGACCUGUUUCUAGUUUUGGUCCGUUUUCUACAAUCGACACAAAACUAUGAUAUAGUUUUGGACAGUCAUCAGGGUUUGGAUCCAAACCCAAACAUCUCAACAUUUGUUCGCCAAUCUAAGUGUGACUGUGCUCUCAAACUGUGGUAUCGGUGCCCAUAA